UCGCUCAGGCAUCGGAUGAGACCGUUUGACGAAGAUGGCGGACUUGCUGUCGUCAGGUCUGGGAGAGGAACAGGAGAAGGAGAAGAAGGAGGACAAGGAGUUGGGUGGGAAGGCUGCCAAAACAGAGGAGAACCAGGAGAAAGACGGAGUCACGGAGACGUUGGGGUUCAACGAUAAAAAUGGAGGCAGUAAGGGGAAGAAACGCAACCUGUCAGACUUGUCUCUGGUCAGAUUUAUAACCACUGAGCUGACCAGAGGAUACUUCCUGGAACACAAUGAGGCCAAAUACACCGAGCGCAGAGAGAGGGUCUACACCUGCCUCCGCAUCCCCAAAGAGCUGGAAAAGUUGAUGACAUUCGGCUUCUUCCUCUGUCUGGAUGCCUUUCUCUAUGUUUUCACCCUGCUGCCCCUCAGGGUGAUUCUGGCCCUUUUACGGCUCCUCACGUUACCUUGCUGUGGCCUCAGUGGCUCCCGCCUGCUCCAGCCGGCUCAGGUGUGUGAUGUGCUGAAAGGCUUCAUCAUGGUGCUGUGUUACUCUAUGAUGAGCUACGUGGAUUACUCCAUGAUGUACCACCUUAUCAGGGGACAGUCCGUUAUCAAACUGUACAUCAUAUACAACAUGCUAGAGGUGGCGGACCGCCUGUUCUCAUCAUUUGGUCAGGACAUCCUGGACGCUCUGUACUGGACAGCCACCGAACCCAAGGAGAAGAAGAGAGCGCACAUAGGCGUGAUUCCUCACUUCCUCAUGGCUGUGCUCUACGUCUUUCUCCAUGCCAUCCUCAUCAUGGUUCAGGCCACCACUCUAAACGUAGCCUUCAACUCCCACAAUAAGUCCCUGCUUACCAUCAUGAUGUCAAACAACGUGAGUAGAAUGCACACAGAAACACUUAACUCAAUUAAAAGGACAUGCUGCAUAAGCUCAAACAUGUUUUUUUUUUUGGGGGGGGGGGUGGUUCUGUUGCAGUUUGUGGAGAUCAAAGGAAGCGUGUUCAAGAAGUUUGAAAAGAACAACCUUUUCCAGAUGUCCAACAGUGACAUAAAAGAGAGGUUCACCAACUACAUCCUCCUGCUCAUCGUCUGUCUGAGAAACAUGGAGCAGUUCUCAUGGAACCCUGACCAUUUGUGGGUGCUGUUUCCUGAUGUCAUCAUGGUGAUAGCCUCCGAGGUUGCCGUGGACGUUGUGAAGCACGCCUUCAUCACCAAAUUCAAUGACAUCAGUGCUGAUGUAUACGGAGAAUACAGAGCCAGCCUUGCCUUUGACCUUGUCAGCAGUCGACAGAAAAACGCUUACACAGACUACAGUGACUCAGUCUCCAGAAGAAUGGGCUUCAUCCCCCUUCCUUUAGCUCUGCUGUUGAUCCGAGUAGUAACCAGCUCAGUGAAGAUCCAGGGUUCGCUCUCCUUUAUGUGUGUGCUGCUGUUCUACCUGGGGAUGAUCACUCUGAAGGUGCUCAACAGUAUCAUUCUGCUGGGGACAUCUUGUGUGUUUGUCAAAGAGGCCAACAUGGAAGAAAAGCUCUUCAACCCUCCACCCUCAGUUGUCUCCAGCCGAGCAAACUCCAGAGCUCACCACACCAAACACGAUCCCACUUCACCAGCGCAAGAACCCACGACCGAAAAAGGAGGAAUAUCACCGGCAGCAGACAGCUCCCCGCCUGACAACAUGGCAGAGAGCUCUGCCCCGACAUUUCCCAAGAGCGACUCGGACACGUUCUUGACCACGCCAGACGAGGAGGACGAUGGCAAAAUCAUCAACGCCAACACGGGACUGGAAGGGGACAGAACGCCCAAGAAAGAUUUGCUGGAAAUCGACCGCUUCACCAUCUGUGGCAACCGAAUAGACUGAGUGCCACAUAGAACGACCAGUCAGCGUCAAACCUGGCUUCAUAGCAAGGUUCAGGGAUCAGACACGGGUCAUGGAGCAUGCUCAGACCUGUCAUAGUUUUGUGCGCCUGACCCCCGGAGUAUUUAUUUAUUUAUUACUGACAAAACCAGCCAAGACAUCAAGCUGUUACUACAAGCGUCAGAGGUCCCUGCAGAUGUUUCCAUCUCGUCCAGUCGGUACCUCGUGAACCAGGUAAACUCAUAGGAUGAGUCUUGGUUGUCGUGGCAAUCUGAAGACAUGCUUUGCCGAUGGCGAAGAUUGGGAGAAAACUGGCAUUCGGAUUUGGAGCAGGGCACGAAGCGAGAAACAAAAACUGUCCCUGUGAAAUAGGACAACACGGGUCGCUUAGGGACGUGAAAGCUGGACUGUGCGAGUACGUGUUCAAGAGCACAAGCUCAUAUCUGUACAGUGCAGAGUGGUUUUUUUUACAUUAUUUUCAUUUCAAAAGCUUGAAAAAUUCUAAUAUUUGAAAUGAAGUUUUUAUGAAGAAUCUUAGAUCUUUUUAAAUGUAGCUGCAGGUGAUGAUCGAAGUCCUCGGAGCACGGCCGCGGCGCCACACACGCAUCCAUUAUAAUCAGCUGCAGCUGCUCCACUGAGCACAGAAUCUGCAAACAUGGCCCCUGCUCAUCACCAAAAACUAACGAGUUGCUUAAAAAAUGAGUACAUCAAUUCACAAAUGAUUGACAAAUAAAUACCUCCUCGUACCAGAGACUCUGCGACGCAUCAAAGCAGUGGGUGUUUUUACAUUUCACAUUACAGUAAAUCAAUGUUUUUUUUCUGUGAACCUGUAGUUAAAUCAAUCCAGUUAAUUGAAACUCAAAGUGAACAAUAAUCAAAACUCAAAGUGCACACAGUGAAGCUGUCACCGCCCCGCCCCAUCAUUACCGCAUCCGUGCCCCGUGUAUUUCGGCUGACAUUAACGCAUUAUUGAAAUCUCCAAAUUGCUCUGCAGACACACACAUUUAAAAUGAUUUUGUUUAAAGUGAGUUACGAUCUGUGGGACGUGGCUGCAGUGACGAGAAAUACUGUCUGGUCACGGAGGCAACUUUACCUUUUUAGACGCAGGUAAACAUUUUGGAAGUUUUUUGUAUGGAGCUGUUUGUGUUUGCUACUUUUGAAGCACUGAGAUAAGAUGCUGCCUGUUUGUAAAAAUACACAAGUAUUUAUUUUGAAGUGGACUCCAAGCCAGACUGUUUUGGAUGAUGUUUCUUUUUGAUGUGAAGUCGAUUUUUUUUUCUUCUUCUUCAAUAUGCUCUGUGUACAUUCACCAUUCAAGUAGUCCACAGAUAACCACGUCUUGGUGUAACACCAUUGGGUUCUUGAUCUCAUUUCAAAUUCAAGGUGCGAGGCACUGGCAUACCAGCAUCAAUUCAACAUGUUUUAUAAAUCAGAUUACAUGGAGGAAGGUGACAUGUUAAAGGAUACCUGAAGGCCGAGAGACAGUGAUGAGGGUGAAUGACCUCUAAAUAACAGGAAACAUAAAGUAGGAUCAUAUAGCACUGUUUUUUUAUUUUUUUAUGCCAGCAAGCUGCACAAUAACAAAAGUCAGACUUUAACCCUAAAGGUUGCUGGCAUUGUUCAUUGGGGUCAUCAGCUGCUGGCUUUGGUUACUAAAAGAAGCCCAACUGAUCAAAGUCCAAACUAGCCCCAAGUUCUCUCACACCAUUUCAUUACUAUCGAGAAAAAAAACUUUGAAAAAAAAGAACAAAAACAAAACGUCUUUUAAUAACGCUCACAGAAAAUAAGGAAUUAGAGUUGCAACUUGGACAAUAGAUGAAAUGAGCAUUGCGCAACAUACAUUGUUAAUAACAGGGAAGCAAACAAAGAAGACCACAGUUCUCCAAUUUUUUUUCUCAUGUUUCAGUGAAUGGGCAUUCUGGGGUUUUCAUCGAAACACCAGGUAUUUAUUGUUCAUCAAAAAUAGGAUUGGCUUCAAUGUAAUACGCGAGAGGACGCAAGUGGGUCAAAUCUAACCCGACCAGACAGUCAAUACAGUCAAAUAAGUGUGUGUGUGUGUGUGUGUGUGUGUGUGUGUGUGUGUGUGUGAGAGAGAGAGAGAGAGAGAGUGAGUGAGAGAUCAUUUGCAGUGCAUGAAUGGAUCGCACUACCUAAAGACAUCGGAUAUUUCAUUGUUUUUAAUUUUUCAUGUCCAUAUCAUUUAUGUAACAUAUUUCCUACAUCGUAGAAGGAGAAUAAACCAAGAUUUUGUUUUGUAA